UGGCGACGCCUGUGCCCAGCGUUCCUUCUCCUUGCACACCACCAUCACCUUCUACUCUAUCUCCUGCGAAGGCUUUCUCUGCAUCUCCAGUCCUUGCAGCUUCAAGCCCACUCGUCGCGCUAUUUCAGUGUAUAUAUGCGCGCCUGUGACCUCUAAAUCAUAUCAGGCUUGGUCUCAGAACUGUGUAUACGUCCGAGAACAGCUCCAGUGUCGUAAACCCAUUUGCCACUUCUUCCUCAAUGCCCAACCCCUCAGGGAUACUGGACGUAGAGCGUUCGUCCUCUCCGGAUUCAGUGGACCUUCCAGACGUUUCGCAACUUAUCGGCGCAGAAACCCGGAAGUCGGAGCAAAUGGAUGAAGGGAAUGGCUCCGAUGGGGUGUCAUAUGCUGGAGACGGUCUGGAGAAGAUGUUGGAGGACGAAGGCGUCGACACCAAGAUGAACUGUCAGCAGGAGCCUGAGAACACCGAUAUACAACGACAGGCGUCCCCCCGAAAGUCCACUUCUGUUGUGCGCUACAAAUCCAAAAUGAAGUCUGCUAAGACGGGGCCUGUCUCGGGUUCAUCGUCUCAGAAAAGUUCCACCCCAGCAGUGAAGCACACGACGAAGAAGCGAAAGCGGCAAGGGCAAGAUGAAGCUGUGGCCCCGACGCCGUCUAAGUCGCGCCGCUCGGACGGAGCUGCCUCCACCCCGCCGCCCUCCGACCGAGGUCCAGCACCAGCACCCCCAAACUCCGGUACUCAGGAGACCGUCUCCUUGACACCGAAGCCCAAACCAAAGAAACCUGUCUCGUCAACCUCCGAGCAAAACUCCAUCAGUGCUUCGCAGCCUGCACGGCUUCCGUCAAUGAUGCCGAUCCCUUUGGCCGGGCCGGACGUUCCAAAACCAUCCACGCAAUUGUCGACAACGAAGCCCAACCGUGCCCUCGCCAAGUCCAGUCGCAGCUCGACGUUCUGGUACCUCGAUGGCUCUGUCGUCGUGCUCGUCGAGAGAACCCUCUACAGGUUGCAUCGUUCGCGCCUAACCGUCAACUCAACGUACUUCGCCCGCCUAUUCGGUGGCGCGAACAGGCAAGGCGAUACGGGCGAAGGAAGUGACACCGAUUCGGACAUCGUCGAGGUCCCAAACCCGCGCUCGGGCACUCUUCUAGAAGGGGAGGUCAUCGACAGCUGCCCCGUCUACAGGGUGACAGGCAUAUCGGCGGAAGACUUUGAGUGUCUGCUGAAUGCCUGGGAUUCGGGUAUCGCCCUCGCACACUCCAAGCCGCCGUUCCUGACGAUCGCGUCCUUACUGAGGGCUGCGCACACUCUCGGCUCCGAGGCGGUCCUAUCGUUCGCAAGUCGUGAGUUCACAGACGCCUGGCCGGCCGGCUUGAGAAAACUCGAGCCCUCGCCGACGGACGACCAGCAAAACUUCGCGAGGGAGACUAUCAAACUCGCUCGGCGGUGUAACAUCCCUUCGGUCCUGAAACGCGCGUUCUACGAGCUGCUCCGUUCACCGGGCUUCAUGCAAGUGGAUGACAACACCAAUCUGAUGGGUGAUGAUGAGUGGGCGCAAGAUCCACAGCGGGCCUUGUCCUACACUGACCUCCUCCGCCUGAUCCGUGCCCGUGGGCAUCUGCAGCAUGCAUGGGUCAAGGCUGCCCAACCACCUAUCCCCUCAAGCUUGCCUUGUCAUCUGGAGGCCAUCCCGGAGGUCAACCUCGAUGAGGCCCAGAAACCUGUAAGGGAUGGCUGUCGUGCUGCCCGUAACAAGAGCGCAACCUGGUGGAUGGAGCAAGUCAUCCAGGCCCCACUCUUCGAACAGGGCCUACUAGAUCCCUUCACAGCCAUGGAGGAACUAUAUGAGGUUGAUUGGGCAGAGCUGGGAUUUUGUGCGGGCUGUGUGAAUGCGAGGACGGAGCAGUGGGAGGAGGAGCAAGUGAGGCUUUGGGAUGAACUGGAUCAGUGGCUGGGAUUAGCAUUGCCCAAGGACGGAUAGGAGUCAGAGGGUGCCUGUUUUGUGUGUACAUGAAGAUGCUACUGCUCUGCUUUCCCCUCGAAAAAUG